AAGUGAAGGAUUUGCACAUUUUUUUUUCUCUCAUGCAUUUCUUUUUGAGGGACCGUUGUUUGAUUUGGUUGUGAGGUCGGUGCAAUGAGUUUGUAUAUUUUUUUUCUCUCUCUCUUUUUGUGCUGGAGUAGCGGAAGUUAGAGGAGAAUAAGUGAAGUGCUUUGUGCAGGGUUACACUGAGGGGACAGGAUCAGAAAAGUAUCUUUCCCGGGACAAGUAGCAGAAGCCGCCGCGCGCUCUCCAGCUGCAACUUCGGCCACAAGUUCGCCUGCAGAGGCGACACAUUGUUGCACCGCUUUCCUUUUGACAGUUGCCUCUUUUUUCAAUUCUUUUUGAUUUGGACACAUUAUUAUUUCUGGUAGCGAGUGGUGUGUUUUUUUUUCAUAUAAAUGAGAAGAUGAUGGUGACGACGACAGAGCAAAGCCACUGCCUCCAAAACCGCCAGUAAUUGCUGCAAGGAAACCGCUCCAAGAUCGGGCUGUAACCGGAAGGAUACAGAAGACCGUAGGGGAGAUAGAUUGUUGAUCAUGAAGCUCAUUUUAUUUUAAUUAUUUGAAGUGGUGGCAGAACAUCCUGUUGGACUUGGAAGAGGAAUACUAUUUCAAAAGAGGACUCCAAGUUUCCAGAAGGAGUUUUCUUUCGAAGACAAAGAAGUUGCCAAGAAAACUAAAGAUAUCGACGCUAAUCUACUUGCUGUACUUCCUAAAGUUUCAGAACUUCGAAAACUUUUUGAAGCUGGCCAAAAAUCCACUGUGGAAAUGAACAGGAAAGAAAGAAUUGCAAGACGCUUGGAAGGAAUUGGAAGUGAGACACAGCCAGUGCUGUUACAGAAUUGUCGUGAAUUAGUUACUCAUCGCCUCCUAGAAGAAGAUACUCCUAGAUACACACGAGCUUCUGAUGCUUGCAGUCCACCCCUAGUUAGAAGAUCAAAUAAGGAGGGCUUGGAGCAUCAUCUGACUGAAGAUUCUCCUUCAGAAAGGCAAUCAAGACCUAGAUGUCGAGGAGAGAUUAAGCACAUGGAUACCGAGUCUCCUUAUGUUGUUGGCAUGGACACCGAAGCUUUAGAUGCGAAAGCAGAGAGAAUAGCAAAAUACAAGGCUGAAAGAAGGAGACAGCUGGCUGAGAAAUAUGGAAUUGCCUUGGAGUCUGAACCAGAUGGGCAUAUUGCAGCUAAACACCCAAGAGCACGAAAGGAGAUUGAUCUAACUGAAAAAGUGCCAUCACAAUCUGAAAAAGAUUAUAACAGUGACUUGAUUAAACUGCACAGUUCCAGGGAUGCAAUGGUUAGGGAACCACAGACUCUAGCAACUUGUGAACCUAAAGAAAGUUUCUCACCAGUUGGAAAUGAUUUCACAGAGAGAGAAACUUUAUUGAACAAAGAAAAUCACAAAAAAAUCCUUGAGCCAAGUGCCAAAGGAAGAAUUUUGGACCAGGCAUAUGUUCAAGAAACUCCUCCAAACUUCAAGGAUUCCACUGUGAAUGAUGUGCCAGGUUCCCCACCAUCAUCUCAGAGAGUUUCACUUACGUCACCAAAGCAGUUCUCAGAAUCGUUUAGUUCAGUUAGUGAGCAAUCCCAAAAUUUGCAGAAUAAACAAGGCAAUGCAAUGAAAGUAAAGAAUGAAUGGUUUCUACAGAGAGAUUCCAAUGGCGAGACACCUUCUCUGAUCAACUGGCCUUCCAGAGUAAAAGUUAGAGAAAGAAUGUUGAAAGAUGAAGGAACUCGGAGCAGCCCUGAAAUAGGCAAAGACAUCACUCAUAGAAGACUGCAGCAAAUACCAGCUCAUUAUAUCUCCCUCCUAUCAGAAUCUCCAACUGUUAACACAGUUAGUAAGCCCAGUGCUGUUCACCAGCCAGCCUUUGUUCAGCCUACUGAUCCUGUAGACAAUGCCAACACAAUGACAAAAGGGUACAAAAGCAGCGUAGUUGAUAAUCAUGUACCAGGCUGUACCAACCUUUCAACAAGAGGUGAAGAGACAAAUGAGACAGAAUUUGGAAGAAGAUGUGUUUACAGUCCUGAAUCAAAACUGAAUGAGCCUGGCAGUACUAGAAAUUUGUUGAAAAGCCGUAAAGCAGUUCUGCCUUCUCAAGUUCGCAAGCAAGAGAAGAGUCUUGAAGAAACUAUUUGUGACGUGAGAGUUGUGCGUGAGGAAGGUGAAAAGCAACAUUUUCUGGGGCCAUCUGUAAUUGACUGGUAUAAACCUAAGGAUACUAAUCAAAGGAGUGAGAGAGACGUAUAUAUUCAGAAAAAACUUGGGGUACAUUCUCAUGCAGAUGCUGAAAGAGGAAAAGACCAAAUCAAAGAAACACCUCCUGAAAAAUAUAAACUAAAAUAUUCUAUGCUAGAUAGCUUGGAGGCACCGAAGAUAGACAUCCCAAACAGUGAAGAACUUCAGGGCACCACUACGGAUGUACUUAGUGGCGAUACUGGUACAGUGGACACAAGGGUGUCUGUUGCCAAACUUCGAAGAGCCUUCCUGGAGACAGCCAAAGCCAGCAGAAAUCAGGACCUUGAAGCUAAUGUUGACUUAGUGACAUCAGGCCUUGACUUGGCCACCUCUGCUGAAAUGGAGAAGGCCCAUCGUAGGCCAAGACGUUACAUUUCCUUUGGUGAGAAUAGGAAGACCUCUGAGAGGUUUAGAACGCAGCCUAUAACUACAGCAGAGCGACAAGAGACAGCUAGGCCAGGGCCAAUUGCAGAAAUGGAAACUACUGAAGUCGAUGAAGAAAAGUUGGAUGAACGAGCAAAAAUGAGUGUGUCUGCAAAGAGGUCACUUUUCCGUGAGAUGGAAAAAGCAACAAAGGCAUUGGAUGCAUCUCUGGCUGCCAAACCUCGGUCUAGAAAUUCAGCAGUGGAACGAAGAUUGCGCCGUAUGCAAGAUCGUUCCCGCACCCAGCCUAUCACAAUUGAAGAAGUAGUUAUUGCAUCCAGUGAACCCACCCCUGUCUCUCAUACGGUGACUGUCAACACAGUCAUGGCAAGAACUUCUAGCCCCACUCUAGUAAACUCCAAUUCAAAACCAAUCAGACUACAAGCAUCUGCACAGUAUACUGCGGGAGAACAGAAGGCAAGUGAAGCCAAAGAAUUGACAGAACAAGGCCAGCCUGAAGAGCCAGACAUCUCAACACUGAGCCUGGCAGAAAAGAUGGCUCUGUUCAAUCGCCUUUCACAACCUGUGACUAAAGUAAAAGCAGCAAGGAGUAGAAGUGACACUAAGCAAAGACGGUCAAAUUCCCGAUAUCAGACUCAACCAAUUACACUGGGUGAAGUUGAAGAGGUGCAAAAUGGAAAUGGAAUGAUAAGGCCCUUCUCACACUCUCUCGUACAGUCAAUGGCCAAUCAGGCUGUUACAGUCUCUACAGCCUGCGCUGGUGACCUACAUCUUGGAAAGUCUUCCAUUGCUGAGAAUAGUUUACAUACUACCCGCAAGUCAGCAGCAAGAUCUAUUCUUACUUCCCAUAGCUCACUUGCCAGUGCUGAUAUUUCAACAAGUAUGCUUCCAUCAGAACACACACAGGAAAAAACCUAUGGAUUCAUUGGAGUAUUCAAAGAGGAUACUGGGGACGACUACAAAAAUGAUGAAACAAAAGAGAUACUGCAAAAGAGCAGCAUAUAUAAUUGUAGCUUUACAGAAACUGAUUUACAAGUACCAACUAGGAAGAGUAUGGAUAGUAAGCAUGGAACCCCAGAAAGAGAGAAUGAGGAACAAUUCAUUGCAGAAAUCUUGCCACAGGUAGCUGAAAGGAAAGAGAUUAUGAAAUCAGAAAACAUACUUGAGAGCUGGGAAACUGAAGAGAAAAGCUUUGAUGAAAUGCUGGAAGUGGAACACGACAUGAAGAACAAGCGAACUGUUACAGAGUGUAUGGAACAUACUUCUGAAAUGAAAGCAGGAUCGGCAGCACCAUUAACUGCAUCACAGCUUUCUGCUGUAACAUCCUCCAGACAUACUUCAUAUCGGCAGCCAGCCACACAAAUAGAAAGUAAGGUGCCUUAUGAUCAGUUGGAGCUAAUUUCUACCAAAACUGGCAGAACUGAAAUAAGUGAAGAGAUCCCAGAGUUCUCUACUGGAAAAGCAAUGUCUAUUAAAGAAAGUUUCUUGAUGGCGUUGCUGCCUAUGAGGAUGGCUUUGCUGAAGAGAAGUGGAGAAGAGGACUGGAGGAACAGAAUUAACAAGAAGCAGGAUAAUGCCAAAAUGACCAGGGCCAGUCGCUGUACCCAAUCUCAAGAAAUGGAACAAUCUUACGUCAAAAAGGACAAAGGAGAGGUUACUGAUGACAUCUGUGUUUCUAAUCAGCUCUGGGUCACUUGUGGUAGCCCCAGGGAAGCAAGUCCUCAGCUGUUUGAUGAGCGCCAUCCUUGGAGGUGGAAGAGGCUGACAGAUGAUGUUGAAGCACAAAUGACAAUAGAAGAAAGAAAGCAGCUCAUAACUGCACGGGAAGAGGCGUGGAAGACUCGAGGGAGAGGAGCAUGCAAUGAUUCCAAUCAAUUUACUGUAGCUGGAAGGAUGGUAAAGAAAGGUUUGGCAUCACCCACGUUCAUGAGUCCAAUAUCUUCACCUCUUUUGCAUAAGAUAAAGAACAGCACCCCAGUCAUUUCCAAACCACAGGAAGAAAUUGAGGUCAGACCUGAUUUGCCUUUGGAAACCGACAGGAAGCUUGAUAAACUGGAAUCAUUCUUGGGCAAACUGCAGAACAGAGCACCAGGGCAACAGGAUGCUGUGAUAACUGUAACUGGGCAAUCUGUAAAGGAAGUAAUGAGACCCGAUGAUGAAGAAACUUUUGCAAGAUUCUACAGGGAUACAAAUACUUUUAUCAUUCAGCCAGGAGCUGUGGAGAUUGAUGAGGAGGACCUUGAUGCCAUUUUUGAUCCUGAUGUACCAAAGCUGACCUCUGCAGUAGCAGAGCACAAACGGGCUAUAAAACCCAUGCGCAAAGUACAGUCAUCACGUAAUCCACUUAAAAUGCUGGCCGCAAGAGGUGAUAUCCGACAUGAAUAUACGGAACAGCGGUUGAAUAUUGCCUUCAUGGAGUCAAAGAGAAUGAGGGUAGAAAAAAUGUCGAAAAACUCUAACUUAUCAGAAAUGGCGUUGGCUGGGCUGGCCAGCAAAGAGGACUUCAGCAGUGUCAACCUCCGUAACGUGAAUCUAACAGAACAAGUGUCGAACAACAGUGCUGUGCCAUACAAAAAGCUGAUGUUGCUGCAGAUUAAAGGACGAAGGCAUAUUCAAACCAGAUUGGUGGAACCAAGAGCAUCAUCAUUGAAUAGUGGAGACUGUUUCUUGCUGCUAGCUCCUCAGCACUGUUUCCUGUGGACAGGAGAAUUUACCAAUGUCAUCGAAAAAGCCAAGGCUUCAGAACUGGCAGCUUUUAUUCAGACUAAAAGGGACCUUGGCUGCAGAGCACCAUAUGUGGCCACAAUAGAAGAAGGAAUUAACAGCCAUACCAAAACAGCCAAAGACUUUUGGAGACUCUUGGGUGGACAGUCAAGCUACCAAGGUGCUGGAAAUCCAGAUGAAGAUGAACUGUAUGAAAGUGCAAUAGUAGAAACCAACUGUAUUUAUCGUCUAGUAGAGGAUAAAUUAGUCCCUGACGAUGACUUCUGGGGAAAGAUACCACGUUGCUCUUUGCUUAAUUCAAAAGAUGUGCUGGUGUUCGAUUUUGGCAGUGAAGUGUACGUGUGGCAUGGAAAAGAGGUCACACUCGCACAGCGAAAAGUGGCAUUCCAAUUGGCAAAACAUUUAUGGAAUGGUACCUUUGACUACACAAACUGUGACAUCAACCCUUUAGAUCCAGGCGAAUGCAAUCCUUUGAUACCAAGGAAAGGUCAAGGUCGUCCUGAUUGGGCAAUUUUUGGCAGGCUGACAGAGCAUAAUGAAACUAUUUUGUUUAAGGAAAAGUUCCUGGACUGGCUAGAAUCAAAGAAGCCCUCACAAAAAACUGGAGUUGAAGAGGAGCAGAAGCAGGAGCAUGGGAUUGAUCUUAAACCAUAUGAUGUUACCUUGAUGAUUCCUCAGUCUUCAGCCCCCGUUGGGACAACGCUAGAUGGAUUAAAUAUUGGACGUGGCUAUGGAAUAGUGGAGGGAGAAGAUGGAAGGCAGUUUGAGAUCACCAGCCUCUCAGUCGAUGUGUGGCACAUUCUUGAAUUUGACUAUAGUAGAUUACCCAAGCAGAGCAUUGGGCAGUUCCAUGAAGGUGAUACUUAUGUGGUGAAAUCAAAAUACCUGGUGAGCACCACAGUUGGCAAAAGGCAGAAGUCUGAGCUUGUUCGAAACACUGCUGUCGGGAAAGAGAAAUGCGUGUACUAUUUCUGGCAAGGCCGUCACUCAACUGUCAGUGAGAAAGGAACUUCAGCCCUUAUGACUGUAGAAUUAGACGAGGAGCGGGGAGCACAGGUCCAAGUGCUACAGGGGAAGGAGCCACCCUGUUUCCUGCAACUGUUUCAAGGAGGAAUGAUUGUGCAUGCUGGUAAAAGAGAAGAGGAAGAAGAAAGCUCACAAAGUGACUGGCGGUUGUAUUGUGUGAGAGGAGAGCUUCCUAUGGAAGGAAACUUGCUGGAAGUCGCUUGUCAUUGCAGUAGCCUAAGAUCCAGAACAUCCAUGAUUCUGCUGAAUGUAAACAAGGCAGUCAUCUACCUAUGGCAUGGUUGCAAAGCACAACCACAUACAAAGGUUGUAGGAAAGACUGAAGCAAACAAAAUCAAGGAACUGCGCCCGCUGGAAGCAGGGCUACACAGUAGCAUCAAUGUGACCGUACAUGAAUGUGAUGAGGGGUCCGAAACGGUGGCUUUCUUUGAAGCAUUAGGAAGAAGGGACCGAAAAGCCUACGACUGCAUGUUACAAGAUCCUGGAAAAUUCAACUUCACCCCUCGGCUCUUUAUCCUCAGUAGUUCAUCUGGAGAGUUCAUUGCCACCGAGUACCUUUAUCCUGCCAGAGAUCCUACCAUGGUCAACUCAAUGCCAUUUUUGCAAGAAGACCUGUAUACUGCCCAACAGCCAGCUUUAUUCUUGGUAGACAAUCACCACGAGGUGUACCUCUGGCAGGGCUGGUGGCCUACAGAAAAUGAAAUCGCAGGGUCUGCCCGAAUCCGCUGGGACACGGACCGGAAAUGUGCAAUGGAGACAGUGUUACAAUACUGCAAAGUAAAGAAUGCCAAGAAGCCACCAAAGUCCUACCUGAUACAUGCGGGUUUUGAACCAUUGACGUUUACUAAUAUGUUUCCCAGCUGGGAGCACAGGGAAGAUAUUGCGGAGAUUACUGAAACGGAAGCCGAAGGCUGCAAUAAAAUAAUUUUGGUGGAGGAUGUAUUGGACAAGCUGUGCAAGACACAGUACCCACUGGCAGAACUGCAAGCCCGGCCUCUGCCAGAGGGAGUCGAUCCAUUAAAGCUUGAAAUUUAUCUGACAGAUGAAGACUUCCAGAAAGCACUAGAAAUGACAAGAGAAGAGUUCAGUAUCCUGCCCUCCUGGAAGCAAGUUAAACUGAAGAAAGCGAAAGGACUUUUCUGAGUAGUUUAUAGUAAGGUGCAUAGUUUUUUUAAAAACAUAUGCUUUGUAAUGGAGCUUUCACCGAAGAUCAUUUUGAUAUCCAUGGAUCAGUCAUGGACUGUGGUCUAGUCAAAGAACACAGUAUGGAAAUAAAUUGCACAUUCAAGGCAGCAAUGCCUUUUUGGGGGAAUCUUGUCAAUUUGUGCAUGUUGAGGGGAACUCUAUGGAUUUUAACAGUGUUGACAUAAUGAGACAGUGCCGUUGUAUGCAUUUGACCUCAGAAUGCACUAUGGGCAACAUAUGCUACUCGGCCUUAUCCUGCCUAUGUAUCUUGAAGGCGAUUUAUUUUGUAAAGUGUUAUUUUGUGUGUAGCAGAUAGCAAAUCAUGAAGAGUUUAUAUUUAUAUAAUACAAUAUGAAAAGUGACUACAGUUUAAUGACUAAAUAUUUAAUUGUUAAUGACAUAUAUUCACUUUAGACAUUUUUUUUUGCGUUAACCAGAAAAUACGAUAUCUAGUUGAAUGAAAACUGCUUGUACCAAGAUCAUGCCACAAAUACCUUUUUUUGCAUUCUGAUAAUCAUGCUACCAAGUUCAGGCAUUAAAAUGUUCCGUCUGUACUUUUCAAUGCUAUCAUGAACAAAAUGUAUUUAUGGCAGGAAAUAAUGAAAAAGCCGCGUAAAUCGAGUAACUUUUUAUGGAAUCUACAAAAUGUAUAGUGCCUUGCUUUUGUGUACAGUUUAUACUACAGAACAGAUGUUUGAAUUUUGAUGGAAGCAGGUGUUUAGGAGAAAUGGCCUCAUUCUGUUAAACUUGUUAUAAUAGAGGUUUGAGGAUCUCUGUUUCUAGUACUCAACAGCCUAACAAACUUCAUUCUUGUGAUACAAUUUAGAAAAAUAAAAGUUGACAAAUGGA